AAACUAGCGUUUAUUAUAGCUGUUAUUCUAGUCGUAGCACGCAGGUUAGAUACUUUUAUUUUGAAGGCGGAUUAAGCCUACGUCGUCUUGGUAACCGGGUUUCUGGUGUAGCUAGAUAGCUUUCUAGCUAACGUUAUUUAUGUAUUAUUGUACUCAAAUGGUUCCUCGUUGGUUUUAUAAACGUAUAAACACAUAUAGCUAGCUUCAUUAGAUCAGUUAUGUGUUUAUUACUGGGAGCAACCGGCGUCGGAAAGACGCUGCUCCUGAAAAGACUACAGAAGCUGUGCCAGCGGGACGGGACAGAUUUAGGUGAACCACCGGUUACACUGCCAACGGUGGGUACAAACCUCACAGACCUGACGCUGAGGAAGAAGAGGGUGACAGUCAGAGAGUUAGGAGGCUGCAUGGGCCCCAUCUGGCCGAGCUACUUCGUAGACUGCUACUCUGUUAUUUUUAUGGUGGACUCUGCCAACAUCACACAGAUUUCUUCAUCCUGUGUCCAGCUGCUGUCCGUGCUCGCCGCAGAGCCACUUCAGACGGCAUCUGUGCUCGUGCUGUUUAAUAAGAGGGACCUUCCAUGCACCAUGACUCUAGGGGAAAUGAAAUCACUUUUCAGGAUGGAUGACAUCAUUGCUUCUGCCCCUCAGUCAAUCACAACUUUGGAGCUCAGUGCUCGCUCUGGUGAAGGCCUUCAGGAUGUGCUUAACUGGCUGGACUCUUUGCAACCCUGCUGAACUGAACUGCAUACAUGUCUAAAAGGAAAUAAUGGUAGAUACUUUCAGACAGAACACUGCCACCAGGCCGCAUGAAGGUCUGGGUGAAGGAUGAUACAUGGGAGACUAAAGCUCACAUCAUAGUCAGGAUUGCUUGAUGUGAUGUUUAUUAGCUUAGCUGAUAUUCUGAUUCCUCUCUACAGAGAAGCUAUGAUCAGCUGUACUCCAUGUUCAUGCAGGUUUCAGGUUGUUGAGGGUAAUGAGGAGAUGGAUUUUAGGCAUACCAUGCAGACUGUAUGGCACAAGGUAGGAGCCACAACCAAUCAGAAAAGCCUUUUGGUUUGAUUCCUUUAGAGAAACAUUUUAAACAGUUUUUUUUUAACCCAGGGUGAUUACAUUAUAUCUGUAUUCCAAAGGCAGUCACACACUGGCAUAAUAAUACCAUGCCAAGAAGCAAAUAUAUUCUGUUUCUAUGUGUCAAUUCAAGAUUAUUUAUUAUCUAAUAAAUUCAGUUUGAUGAUCAGUGAGUCAUCAUUCUUGUGAGCAAAAUGUGAUAUCAAUGAGCCAUACAGAGCCAGUCUACUUGUAAUGUUGCUUUAAACAUAUUGGAAUUAUUGGCAUUCCCUGUUAAUUUCAAGUUGCAUGUAAUUUAUUACAAAUUUUUGUUGUAUAGUUUUGGAUUUAAUUUAACAUAAUAGUAAAAAAAGUACUGUUUUGGAAGCUCUGGCUCACAAGGAUAAUACCAAUGCUUGAAGUCGUCAAUGCAAGUGUUUGCACCUCAAUUUAAAAUAAUGUUUUUAAAAAUUAGAAGGAAAGGGCUGCACAGUGCAUCCAGUGUGUGACCCCCCUAAAAGACUAUUAUCAAUUAAAAAAAAAAAAAAAAAAAAA